AUGGUGAUUGAUAAUCAGUUUCAACAUUUGAUUGCUUGGAAUUAUACAGGCAGUAGUUUUAUUGUAUGCAAUAUCAUGGAGUUUUCUCGAGAUGUAUUACCGAAGCAUUUUAAGCAUAAUAAUUUUAGUAGUUUUGUCAGACAAUUAAACAUGUAUGGAUUCCAUAAGGUCAACAAAUCCCCACGUGGUCAUCGAACACUAGCAGAGAAUCAAAUAUGGGAAUUCUCUCAUACCAAAUUCUUGCGCGAUCGUCCUGACUUACUAGACGAAAUUAAGCGCAAAACGAUGGAGUCUGAUACUGUACGACGUGAGACCGACUUACAAGCACAUAUAGCCAUGCUGCAGGUAUCUCAGACUGACAUGCUGCAACAAAUUAAUCAUUUAUAUGAUAAUUUCAGCCAAGUCUUUAAAGAACUGCAUGAAACAAAGCAAAAGCAAGAACAACAGCAAAAAUUAGUCAAACAUGCCAUGGAAUAUAUAGCACAGCAAAAUGGAGGUAAUUUAGCAUUUUUAUAUUGUGGGUUACUUAUUUUUUUUUUUUUAUAA